CAGCUGACUCAGCAGGCUCCCCGUUAAUAAACCAGAGGCUUCACUACAAGAUGACCCACAGGGACAGCACAGGACUUGUCAUCGGGCUGAAACUUGUGACUCUUCUGUUUACCCUAAGUCCGGAACUUCUGUUCCUGGGAGCUGGAUUGAAGCUGAGGGAGAAUGGCUAUGAUGGAUUGCUUGUUGCCAUCAAUCCCCGGGUACCCGAGGAUCUGAAGCUGAUUACAAACAUUAAGGAAAUGAUAACUGAAGCUUCCUUUUACCUGUUCAAUGCGACCAAGAGAAGGGUGUUUUUCAGAAAUAUACAGAUUUUAGUACCUGCCACUUGGACGGCUCAUAAUUACAGUAGAGUAAGACAAGAAUCCUAUGACAAGGCAAAUGUCAUAGUGGCUGAGCAGAGUGAGGAGCACGGAGAUGAUCCCUACACCCUGCAGCACAGAGGGUGUGGGCAAGAGGGGAAAUACAUCCACUUCACCCCCAGCUUCCUACUCAACGAUGAGUUAGCCGCAGGAUAUGGCGCUCGAGGCAGAGUGUUUGUCCACGAGUGGGCCCAUCUCCGCUGGGGUGUGUUUGAUGAAUAUAACAACGACAAACCGUUCUACGUCAAUGGACGGAAUGAGAUUCAAGUCACCAGGUGUUCAUCUGACAUCACAGGCGUUUUUGUGUGUGAAAAGGGCCUUUGCCCCCAUGAAGACUGCAUUAUUAGCAAACUUUUUAGGGAAGGAUGCACAUUCCUCUACAACAGCACCCAGAAUGCAACUGGAUCAAUAAUGUUCAUGCAAAGUUUACCUUCUGUGGUGGAAUUCUGUAACGAAAGUACACACAACCAAGAAGCCCCGAACCUCCAGAACCAAGUGUGCAGCCUCAGAAGCACUUGGGAUGUGAUCACAGCCUCCUCCGACCUGAACCAUAGCCUCCCCAUGCAUGGGGUUGGACUUCCAGCCCCUCCCACGUUCUCCCUCUUGCAGGCUGGUGACCGAGUGGUCUGCUUAGUGAUUGAUGUGUCCAGGAAGAUGGCAGAGAGAGACAGACUCCUCCGACUACAGCAAGCAGCCGAACUGUACUUGAUGCAGGUUGUCGAAGCUCACACUUUCGUGGGCAUUGUCACUUUUGAUAGCAAAGGAGAAAUCCGAGCCCCACUGCAGCAAAUUAACAGUGACGAUGACCGGAAGCUGCUGGUUUCGUACCUGCCGACUGCCUUGACCACUGACGCAGAAACGAACGUCUGUGCAGGGGUUAAGAAAGGCUUUGAGGUGGUUGAGGAGAGGAAUGGUAGAGCCGAUGGCUCUGUGAUGAUAUUAGUGACCAGUGGAGCUGAUGAACACGUCACCAACUGCCUGCCUACCACGAUGAGUAGUGGAUCCACCAUUCACUCCAUGGUCCUGGGUUCCUCUGCAGCCAGGAAAGUGGGGGAAUUAUCACGUGUUACGGGAGGUUUAAAGUUCUUCAUUCCAGAUAAAUUUACUUCUAACGGAAUGACUGAAGCUUUCGUUCGAAUCUCUUCUGGAACAGGAGACAUUUUCCAGCAAAGCUUACAGCUUGAGAGUGUGUGCGAAACUGUGCAACCUCAGCACCAGCUGGCGAAUACUGUGACUGUGGAUAGCGCCGUGGGCAAUGACACACUUUUUCUAGUCAUGUGGCAGACUGGUGGUCUCCCUGAGAUUGCAUUAUUGGAUCCUAGCGGAAGAAAAUAUAACACUGGUGACUUUAUCAUCAACCUGGCCUUUCGGACUGCCAGUCUUAAAAUUCCAGGGACUGCCGAGCAUGGGCGCUGGUUUUACACGCUGAACAACACCCACCAUUCUCCCCAAGCUCUGAAAGUGACAGUGGCCUCCCGUGCCUCCAGCCUGGCCAUGUCUCCAGCCACUGUGGAAGUCUUUGUGGAAAGAGACAGCACCUAUUUUCCUCAGCCAGUGAUCAUUUAUGCAAAUGUGAGGAAGGGUCUGCAUCCCAUUCGCAAUGCCACGGUGGUGGCGACCAUUGAAUCGGAGGCUGGGGAUCCCGUUGUGCUGCAACUUUUGGAUGAAGGAGGAGGUGCAGAUGUUAUAAGAAAUGAUGGGAUUUACUCCAGGUACUUUUCCUCCUUUGCUGUAAGUGGUAGCUAUAGCCUGACAGUGCGCGUCCGUCACUCUCCCAGCACAAGCACACUAGUCCACCCUGUCCCAGGAAACCAUGCUAUGUAUGUACCAGGUUACAUAACAAACGAUAAUAUUCAAAUGAAUGCUCCCAAAAAAUCGGGCCACAGACCUGUGAAGGAGAGGUGGGGCUUCAGUCGAGUGAGCUCUGGAGGCUCCUUCUCAGUGCUGGGAGUCCCAGAGGGACCCCACCCUGACAUGUCUCCACCAUGCAAAAUUACUGACCUGGAAGCCAUGAAAGUGGAAGACCAUGUGAUCCUCUCUUGGACAGCACCUGGGGAAGACUUCGAUCAGGGGCAAACUACAAGCUAUGAAAUAAGAGUGAGCAAAAGCCUACGGAGCAUUCGGGAUGACUUUGACAACGCCGUCUUGGUGAACUCGUCAGAGCUAGUUCCCCAGCCUGCUGGCACCAGGGAGACAUUUACAUUCUCACCCAAGCUUGUCGCCCAUGAACUUGAACGUGAACUCGAUGAAGAUGCACAAGAAACCUACAUAGUGUAUGUGGCCCUGAGAGCCGUGGAUAGAAGUUCCCUCAGGUCAGCUGUGUCAAACAUUGCCCUGGUAUCAAUGUCUCUCCCCCCAAACCCUGCUCCUGUAGUGAGCAGAGAUGAUCUGAUCCUGAAAGGAGUUUUAACAACAGUAGGAUUGAUAGCAGUCCUUUGCCUUAUUAUGGUUGUAGCACACUGUACUUUAAACAGGAAAAAGAGACCAUCAAGAAAAGAGAACGAGACAAAAUUCCUAUGAACAAACAGACACAGUAUCUUCCUUUUUAGAUAGGAUGAACAUGGCCUUUACAGCCACAAAAUAAAAUGUCCACAAAAUCAAAUUAGCAUCGACAUCGGGACUUUUACAUAGUG